AUGGAUUGGGCCGAGAAGAGAGAAGAGAGGCAUAACGUGGUGCCUACCAAAGCAGCCAAUGCCGGUCGGACCGUUCUUAUAACCGGAGUUAGCAAAGGCCUUGGCCGCGCACUCGCCGUCGAGAUGGCCAAAAGGGGCCACACCAUUAUCGGCUGCUCCCGUUCUCAGGAUAAGCUCAUUUCCCUCCAGUCCGAACUCUCCUCCGACAACCACCUCUUCCUCCCCGCCGACGUCGUCCGUACUCUCUCCUCCUCCUCCCUCAAGGAGCUGGCUCGUGUUGUGAUGGAGAAGAAGGGCGUCCCCGACAUCGUGGUCAACAACGCCGGAGUCAUUAACAGCAACAACAGGCUCUGGGAGGUUCCGGCCGAGCAGUUCGACAGCGUCGUUGACACCAAUGUCAAGGGCGUCGCCAACGUCUUGCGCCACUUCAUUCCUCUGAUGCUCAAGCGGGACCCGGCUCCGGCCACCGGAAUCAUUGUCAACAUGUCCUCCGGCUGGGGCAGAUCCGGCGCCGCUCACGUGGCGCCUUACUGCGCCUCGAAAUGGGCCGUGGAGGGUCUGACCCGCUCGGUGGCCAAGGAGUUGCCCAAGGACAUGGGCAUUGUGGCUCUCAACCCGGGGGUGAUUCACGCUGACAUGCUUGAAUCUUGCUUCGGACCGCAGAAUAUGGAUAGUUACCCGGAGCCUCGUGUGUGAGCUGUCAAGGCUGCUACAAUGAUAUUGCAUCUCACCCCAGCUGACAAUGGUGCUUCUCUCACCGUUUGAGUAUGAGCCGGAGUCGAUCAGUGUCAGUAAUACUAAUCUCUUAUGUCACUUUGUAAUAUAUCAAUCACGGCUCUUACUAAUCAGGACUAUGAAGCUCUGCAUUUAAAUUCAAUUCUGUAGUUUAAGUUAGGAGUUGCUAAAA